AUGCCAGCAUUGCAGAAUGUUGAGGAAUGGGAGGAGAGGGAGGAUGAAGAGGAAAUCAUGUCGAUAAUUGAGAGGGAAGAAAGAGAGAAGCAAAAAGAGAUGGAUAUGCAGGAAAGAGAAGAUCGCAUUCUCCGAGAGCGCAGAGAAGAAGAGGAAUCCUCAGAGGAUGAAGCGGAGCCGGACAUCAGAAGGCAAAUAACAGAUGAAAGGGAACCGAUCACUAUGGAAGGGAACAGAGGGAUGCUACUGGGGGAGCCCAUUGUGUCGCCCAAUUAUGUGUAUAAAUGGGCGAAAGAUAAUAUAACCACACGUUGGAGCAACCGAUUGGGCGUAGCUGCCCAGAGGGGAGAUGACGACGGAGUGUUGGUUCUUAAGUCCACAUAUAAUACGGCUUGGAAUUAUUUCAAAGCGAGAGAGCUCGGAGAUACGAUAUUGAAUACCUGGCGCGACCGAAUCGAAAGAAUCGAGCGCCUCAGCACUGCGCCGAAUAAUAUGUCGGUGCUGUAUGGAGACAUCCCACCGUCGGAGGUAGACAACCGUCUAUUGAUGGCUGUUGAAACCCCAGUAGGCCCUGUUGGCAUGCUGGAUACCAGAACAAUUGGUAUUUUAAACCGACGAACUAUUGUUAGUAAGAAACGUACUAAAAAUCUGUUCGAUAUGACCGGUCUUUGGAAAAAGAUCGUACUCCGAAAGUUUGAUGAAGAUUCAGUAUUCUCAGAUCAAAAUGUCCCACCUUCCGAUUCGUCUGCUGCUGGUGACGAUUCAGACGGAAGUGACAUUGAUCCGCAGGUCUUCAUAGAUAUGGUUAUGGGCACAUCCUGA